AUGCAAAGUACAUCGUUCCUCAAACGGGCCGGCUCGGGCCUCGUCUCGUUUGCCCGGGGCUACAGAGCCGCCGUUGUCACCGAAUACGGCAAGCCACUCGAAGUCAGAGAGCUCGAAUCGAAGAAGCCGGGCCCGCACGACAUUGUGCUCGAUGUGGAGAGCUGCGGCUUCAACAAUGCCGACUGGAAGAUGAUCAAGGGCAUGUAUCACUUGAAGCCGAAACGACCUUUUGUGCCUGGCUUUGAAAUUGCCGGCAACAUCAAGGAGGUCGGCGAGAAAGUGCAAAAAUGGAAGGCUGGCGAUCGAGUAUUUGUGCUAAGACGUCACGGGACUGGUGGAUUCGCCGAGGAAUGUAUGGUCAAGGAGCACGAUAUGAUAUACAGUAUUCCCUUCUCGAUUGACUACGAAACGGCGGCUGCCGUCGCUGUCACCUACGGAACAGCAUACGUUGCGCUGGCAAAUAUGGCGAAAGAACGACAAGGAAGCUCUGUUCUCGUGCUCUCCUCCCGCGGCACGAUGGGCUUCGCGGCGAUUGACUUGGCGCAAAAUGUGUUUGGAGCUCAGGUAUUUGCCGCUUCCGACGACGAGGAUAAGCUCGAAAAGCUGAGGACCACCGGAGUAACGCGAACCAUUAAUUGGGAGAAGGAGGAUUUGCCAAAGGUAAUCCGCAAGGACACUUUCAACGAGGGUGUCGAUGUCGUUGUCGAUACCGUUGGAGGAAAAGUCUUCCAUACGGCUCUUGAAGCGAUGAAAAAGGGCGGUCACCUCGCUUCCCUGUCCUUCGCUUCCGGCGAAAUCCCAUCCGUCUCCCUUCUUGAUCUCCAUCGACUACAAGCAACUAUUUCUGGCGUCUGGCUCGGCGGCCGCUCAGCAUCCGAAAUAGAUGCCAUCAUGUCCACCGUCAUCGGCCUCUUCGACGAGGGCUACCUGAGCGCGCGGAUAGAAGCGAAGUAUAAGCUCGAAGAGGUGAACAAACUCGUCGACGACAUCGAGCACAACAAAAUCUUUGGCAAAGUCAUCGUCAACCCGAAAAGCCUU